AUGGGGAACAAUUCUGCAAUGCAAUGGUUGGUCCCUGCCUUUGUUGCUGUCACUGCUGCAGCAGGCGCAUAUUUAUUGGGAAAAUCAGCAACAACGGAUCGAACGGCCGGGAAGAAAAAUAAAAAGGCCUUCCUCCUCGUGAUCACACACAAGUACAAAACCAUCCGUGACAGAGACCUAUUCAUCAGCCUCUUCGAGCCUCUAGCCAAGUAUGUUGUCCAUCAUGAACCUGAGACACUGGCCUAUGAGCUGUCUGUCUCAGACAAAAAUCCGCUGGAGAUCAUCAUCUUUGAAAGGUACACAAGCCAAGCAGCUUUGACAGAGGUGCACCAGCAGAGCGCACCCUUCAAGAAAUUCAAAAAGGCUUGGGCAGAAGCAAACCUCGAGUACGAAAAUAAGACGGGGGAGUCGUAUAUCGAGAAAGAUCUGGGUUACAUGUGA